CAGACACACUGUAUGAGAAGACAAAUUGUAUGAAUAAUUUGCUGUGUUUGACGGUAUAGCCCAAGCAAGAACCCCAGAUGUAGCCUCACUGGUUUGUGGACUCCCAUUUUGAAGCCUUGGGUUUGGCAUUUUGGCCGUUGCCAUCUUGGGUUUUUGGAGCCAGAAGUGACCACAGUUGGAGGAGAGGGUGGAGCUAAGCCUAACGCUAGCUGUGUCACAAAUGGAAAAUAGAAAAGGUGCCGGCACCUCCAGAGCUGCCAGGCGAAGACGCUGGUGGCAUCUGAGACAGCGAUGGAGGAUGAUAGGGGUGUUUGAGAUCAACCAAGAGCAUGAGUUCUUCUGUCUGACAUCCAUGAUAAAAGAAGGCAUGCAUGCUUCCAUUCAGACCAGUAUGGAUACCCCAGGCCAGGAUACACUCACAGCUGAAGAUUUCAAGGCAGUGGAAACUCAAACCCACGAGGGGUUUGAGAUGCAAACAUUUGCAGAAUCAGUGUUUGCUAAACUGAGGCGUUCACUGGACAUUACAGAGGAGGAUUAUAAGAACUCCCUCUGCUCAGCCGGCCACUACCUCCAGUUUGUCAGUAACUCCAAGAGCAGGGCAGAUUUCUUUGUCACGAAUGACAAAAGAUUCUUCCUAAAGACCCAGAGCAGGCGCGAGAUCCAGUUUCUCCUGUCCAAUCUGCCGGCAUACGUAGACCACUUGGAGAAAUACCCUCAUUCACUGAUGGUGAGGUUUCUAGGUGUCCACAGGAUUGUUAUUCCAAAUGAAAUAAAGAAGUACUUCAUUGUGAUGCAGAGUGUGUUUUACCCUGAUGAAAGGAUCAAUAUUAGAUACGACAUUAAGGGCUGUGAGGUGGGUAGAUGGACUAACCCUGACACAGGGGGGAAACAAAUAAUAAAAGUACUGAAGGACAAUAACUUUGAAGGGCAGUACAUUGCAUUAGGUCAAGAGAAAUCCUGGUUUCUCCAACAAUUGAAAAUGGAUGCUGCCUUCCUUCAAGGGCUUAAUGUGCUGGACUACAGUCUCCUACUGGCCCAUCAACCUCUGCACCGAGAUGAGCAGGAAGGGAAACACUCUCUGGCAAACCUUGUGAUUCGCGCCACAAAAUCUCUAGACUUAGAUGAGAGUCCCACAUCUUCAGAUCCCCCCACCGUUCCAUUACUGGAAGACGCUGUGGGUGAGGUGGCACCAGAUGCUGCAGACGGUGGGUCAGACCAGCCACAAGCAGAAGCUGAGGGCACUGGUGAAGGGAUCCCCCUCCAGGAGAUAAACUGCCCUGCCAAAGAAACCAGGACUGACUCAGAACUGCAGGACUUCUAUGAGCAUCAUCGGAGGCUACUGCCCAACUGCAAAAACGCUGUUCAUGUUGCAGAUGGGCCAGACCGGCGCUACUUUGUAGGCAUCAUAGACAUUUUUACUGUCUAUGGCUGGAAGAAAAGACUGGAGAACCUGUGGAAAAGCCUUCGCUACCCAGGCAGGGCCUUUUCCACAGUCAGCCCCCCCAAAUAUUCACGCAGAUUCUCCCAGUGGAUGCAGGACCACUGUCAGUGACACAGUGCAGAAAACAUUCAGCACUCAUAUACAGAAUGCUGCUGUUUAACCCCCAGUGUCCCCAGGAUGGGACUGUGUCAUAUUCUGGCUCUGUCCUGAUGUUGUGAUGUAGUGCCUCAAUCACAAUACGAUGAGCUCCAUCUAGUGGAAAUCUGGGGUACAACUGUAACCUGUCAUUAAGUGUUGAUACUGAUAAUGACUGCCUUCAUGUCUGAAUAGAAGCCUUCUGUGCAAUUUCAGAGCCAGCUUGUGGCACUGGAAAUAUAGACAAAUGGUAGGGGUUCCAGGAUACUGUGGUGGCCGGGCUAAUUUAAUAAAUACAUAUAAUCAAAGCAAAUACAUAAACCUUGCAGUGAUAUGUGCAGAUUGUGAAGAAGCACUCCCCAUACUGUCCAUUCAAUGCUCAGAUCUCCCUUUCAGGUCUUUCUGUUGAGUUUUCCUCUUUGUCAUUAAUAUAAAACUGUGUGUUGUGCAACAUGAAAUGUAAAUAAAAAUACAACUUUUAAUACAUUUAAAGCUUUAGUGGGAUUUUCUUACUAGUAAUGUAAUUCAUAACUUAUUGUUGAAUGUAUAAAGCUGUCAUAUUCAUUCAGUUAAAUACCUUCAAUCAUCAUACAGGAGUUGUGUCUGUCAAAACAAAAAUCCACUGGUUGGCAAGUUAUCACUUUACCAACGGCCUUGUUUUGUAUGAGCUUGAAGCUUUGCAGCAGGUGUCUAAUGUUGUGACUAAGGAGUGAAAUGGCUGGGUUCCAGUCUGAUUCCACAGGGUUUAUCUGGCAAAGUGGUAUGGCCGGGACGACAACAACCUCUUAAGGCCCAGACCUACGUACAGUAGGUCUGGGCGUACAUUUUGCACCUGUGUGUAAUAGGACAUAACUCUCUUAACCAGCAGGGAGUGGUAGUCUGUAAUUGUCUUUAAGAAAAGGGAAACAGGGAGACAGCCAGGAUGGAAUCAAGAUGCUAGUUAGCCAGUUAGCACAUUAACAAGACUACCAGAUGUUAAAACAACAAAGGAUCUACAGUACAUGUUUGGUUCAGACAGAUAAUCAUUACAAAUUAACACUUUUACAAUUUUUGAAGUGUAAAUGCAAUCGACAGAAGUAAAAAAGCUAACGUUAGACUAUAAGCUAACUACACCGCCAACGCUGCCACCAUGACAAGGCUGUAAAGCUGUGUUCGCCGUGAUGACGUUUUGCAUGUAGUCUCAUUUAGCAACUUGUUAGCAAUUGCCUUAUUUAACACAUUUAAAUGCUUAGGACAACCACUAGCUCAACAGGUAAAGUGUACACCCCGUAUAGGCUGAGUCCUUUGCAGCGGCCCACGUUGGAUUCAAACCUGCAGCCCUUUGCUGCACAUCAUCCCCAUUCUCUCCUCCAUCCUCUCUCCAGCUGCCCUGUAAUAAAGUCAGAAAGCCCUAAAAAUAAUCUUUGAACACAUCUAAAUGAGUCAGAAUUUACAGCAAACUAAAAGUGUUCACCAUAGUAAAACUUUAAAUUCUGGCGCACCAUCGAUUUGGGGUGAUGAGGGGUGUAAGAAAAUCGAUUAACUUAAUGGCUUGGGGCUUUUCUUGUAAAUUAUAUUCUUUAAAUUAAAAGUUUCACUGCAUUUUUAUUAGCUUGGUGCUUUUAUUUUUACGGAAAGGCACAUCCAUCGAAUUCCGGAUCCUGUCUCACUCGCCUGGUUCCGUUUCCUUACCAAAACGGCCAGUAACGGCUCCAGACUAGGCUAUAUGAUGAAACACCAGCUUGGAUUUAUCAGUUUUCAGAAAAAUCAGAUUUCCAGUUGUAUUUACAAGUCUGAGGCUACUAAUGACAAUAAAUCUUAUUCUGCAACACUGAACAAAGUAUAAUUAAUCUGUUUUAUGGUUGACCAUAUUGUAUUACGUUUUAGAAAGACUUUGAGAAUAAUGUAUUGUGCAAAAUCACGCAUGCCAUUAUUACUGAAGGCAAAAAUAUUAUCACUUAUUUUGAAUGUGAAGAAAAUAUUUAUGUAAUUUUGUUUACUUUUUUUUUUUUAUCUUGUUAGGGAUUUCGUAUCAAUAAAGGCACAUUUUUUAAUUCAGUCCCAUUUUAUAAGUUGUUUUUAACUGAUAUUGAAUGUUAUUUGAGUCUCUUAAAUUUGUAACAAAUAAGAAAUCAAUGACAGCAACUAAUAUUUAUUGAGAGAUGUUUGCUUGAUGAAGUCUGUCACUUAAAUUAGGCUACCACUGUAUUUGAUUUAUUAAUAAUUCUUGUUUUAUUUUUGUGCUUAUAAUUAUCAUUAUUAUGUAUAUCGUUUGCUGAUGUUGCCCUUUUUUUGCAAACUGAAGUGGCAUGGCUGAUUGUGCAUUAU